AUAUUAGGGGGGCCUCUCAGUCACAUAUUGCAAAGACAAAGAGUGUUUUGCAGAAGAUAUCAGUAAAAGAGCCUUGACACUACUGAGGACUGAAACCUUCCAUUUCAUCAGAAAUGCUAGGGACUAAAGUGUUCACCUGGACAUCUUGAGCUGAAGAAAAGGCUGGUUCAAGAGCAGUUUCCUAACCAUUCAGAAGUUGAAGAGGCCGAAACAAGCACCAACGGGGAGAACCAGCAAAUACUGCUGCUUGAGUUGGAAAUACAGAACAUACUGGACGGUCUACAUUUAUUUUCAGAAAAACAGAAAUCGUCUUCCCUGUUUGAAAUUUACUUUUUUGAUCAGAAGAAAUUAUAAAAGAGGGAGAAGUAUGUUGAACAGAUGCCGAAUGUGGUUUCUGAUUCCUCUUAUCUGCUUGGCUCUCUCUGUUUCUGUCUGCGCUGAAGUAUGCACCAGGGAGGACUUGCCUAAGAAUAUUAUACUGGACUGGUUCAAGCAGCGAGUGCUGGAUGCAUUGGGAUUGAAGGAACCCCCAAUCACAAGUGCGAGUCACUCAGCCAGUGAAAGAGGAGAUCUGGCCCAACACCCUGUCUCUGCAAGAGUGGGAAGGGCAGCAUGGACAGAGAGAAGAAGAAUUCACCAAGAGACAUCACAAAUCAUUCUCUUCCCUAGCACUGAUUCCACCUGUGCACACAGCCUAGACCUGCCCUCACCAAAGAGAACCGGGCAUUUCACUUAUUAUUUCCAGCCUUCUACAAACACCCUGGAGUCUGUUGUCACAUCUGCCCACUUCUGGUUCUUCAGCGGACAGGUGGAUGAAGCAGGCAACUCUUCAGCCCCUCUCUUUAUCCUGACAACCCACCAGCAGCUGGCACAAGUUGCAGAGAACCCUCUAAAGACGUCAGAUGAUGGGUGGGUCACAUAUCAUAUUGCCAAGCAAUUCCACCCACUUUUGGCUGAAGGGCCUUUUGUUCUACAGGUCCGAUGCCCAACUUGUGGCUGUCACUCCGAGUCUGACAAGAUCCCCUUCCUACACCUCCACACACACUUCAGGGGUCCUGACCGCUCACGAAGGUCAUCCCUGCCCUGGUCACCCUUGGCUAUUCACCUUCUACAAAGGCCAUCUCAAGAGAAACCCAACUACAAUGACUGUCACCGGGCAGAAUUGAAUAUAUCCUUUGAGGAACUGGGCUGGGACAACUGGAUUGUCCACCCCAAAGUAUUCACGUUUUACUACUGCCAUGGCAACUGUUCCAGCUGGGAUCGCAUGACCACCAUUUUGGGGAUGAAACAAUGCUGUGCACCUGUGCCAGGAACCAUGAGAUCUCUCCGAUUCCGGACCACCUCAGACAGUGGCUAUUCCUUCAAAUAUGAAACUCUGCCCAAUAUCAUUGCUGAGGAUUGCACUUGUAUUUAGCAUGGUCUUCUGUGAAAUGUUAACGCUAAUUAUCUGUCUGUGAAAAUAUACUCUGAAAGUAAAUCUUAAAAUACCUUGCACAUGCUUUGCAAUAAUAUCAUUGUAGGCAGGUGAAGGAGGACAAAUGGUGGAAGCUAAAAGGAUUUUUAAAAAUAUUUCCUCUGACAUAUUUUUAGCUGUCAAAUAACAUUUGAAACAGGAUAAAACAUGCUUAAAGUCUGUUAAUUGCAUAACAGAUUGUCCUUGUCUACCUUCUCUUUUAAACUACAUAUUCUUUUUGAAUUUAGAAUUUAGAUAGUUAAAUAUCUUUACACAUUUUACAGGAUCAUAUCCCUACUUAUUAGUUAAAUGUGUUUAUUCAAAGGAAUGCUGCAAGGGUGCUUACCAUUAAAUCACAAACAUUGAGAUUAGCUUCAUGCAACAAUAUCUUAACGUCCAAAGAUGAAGCAAGUUUCACCAAUGAACUUAACUAUAAACAAGUAGCAGCUGCUUCACAUGGGACCACAAAUUAACUAUGAUUUAGUUUGCCUAACAACCACAUAACUUGAUCAAAUAGGUUAAAUAUACCAAAUCGAUUAGAAGCUUUUACAUUUUAUUUUAUUGUAUUUGAAAUCUCUCUAAUUUAGAUUAAAAUUAAGCAUUAGGCUUUCAUUUUUUACUAACUGCUUAGUCCAAAACUACACAUAGUGACCUGGAGCAAAACCCAUCUUGAAAUGAGUACAAGGCAAGGAACCAAAUUCUGGAAUUAACAUUUGUAUUGUAAGUCUGCUAUACUUAUUAUAAUGUUUCUGUGGUUAAACCAAGGUUUUAAGCAAUUUCACUUACUCAGAGAAUAAUCAGAGAACAAUCUGUCCUCCCUUACCAGUCACCAGUGUAUAACAGCAUAUUAACACUUAAAGCUGUAGUCUCAUUUCAUCAUCCUAGAUUGCAAACGACAAUGGCUACACUUACCUUAAUUAAACCAAAGUUUUUUUACAAUACAAUACAAAUACGAAAUACAAUAAAAUACAUAUAAUUAAGAGAUUUGACAAAAUACACAUAUAUUUACUUACUUAGUAACUGUAGAGAAUGUAUUGGUAAAAAGGCCAAGAAUACUUUGCUAUUUUAACUAUACGUUUGUUGCAAAAACCAUUCUGGCAGAAAAAUAAAUUAUUAAAUAAGAAUGCAAAGUGUAGUGUUUAGAUACAGUUCUUUUCUUCAGAGUCCACAGUAACUACAGUGCCUUGCAACAGUACCCAGACCCUCGCAUUAUUUUCACAUUUUGUUGCUUUACAGCUUGCAAUUAUGUCACUUUAAAGCAGUGAUUAAUAUUUAGGUGGACAAAACUACCUUAAUGAGCCACACAAUUAUUUGACUGCCCUAUCUUCAUGUGCGAUAAUAGUGCUUCACAUGAUGUUCACAUAAUGUUACAAUAAAUACAGCAGUCUAUGUUAGGUCCUUAAUUUAGUGAAUUUCAGGAAAAGAAGAUUCGACCAUAAAGACCAAGGAGCUUUCAAAACAACUAGGAGAUUCAUUUUUUGCUUUCAAAUCAAGAGCAGGGUAUAAAAACAUUUCAAGGGUAAUGUAUAUCUCAUUGAGCAAGGUGAAGUGGAUUAUUAAGUGGAAAGCACCCAGACACUUCCUAGAUCAUGCUACUCCUCCACACUGAGUAGCCAGACAAAGAGAAAACUGGUUAGGGAUGCCACCAUGAGGCCAAAGGCGAGUUACAGGAGUUCAGGGGCUGGGAUGGUAGACAAUGUCCUUGGGUCAAACAUAUCCCUUGAAUCUGUUGAUUCUGAUCUUUUAGAGGACUUAAAAACUGCAAUCUAAAUGAUCCCCAAGCGCCUUGAGAGAGCCUGAGCUAAUCCACAUAGAAGAAUCGGCAAAAAUUACACCAAGAUCAUGUGCAAUGCUGGCAGACACAUACUGAAAAAGACGGUGUAACUGCUGUAAAAGCUGCUUCCACCAAAUAUUGAAUCCACAUAUUAAGUGCAUUCAUAUUUUCGUUUUUGGUGGCUUUUACCAUAAUCCAUUACCAUUAGAAGUCUUUAUUUUGAGAAUUCAGGUUUAGAAUAAAAUAUUUAAUUGAACAAUUCUGUACAAGUUUGUAAUUUCACAAGAUUAGUCACCAUAAGAUUGUCUGAUUGCAAGGCACGAUUUCAGUUGGUCAGUCACAUUCAA